AUGCCUCCCCAGCCCAAGAAAGCUGCUCCCGCCAAAAUGAAGACGACGAAUCGCCCCGACGAGUGGAAGAUUGAGCAGGGGCUGUCGGGCGCUGUGCUCCCGCCCCUGGAUAUGACCAAGCCGCAGACCAAGGCUCUUCCCAUCCAGACCUUUGGCCCACUGACCAAAGAUGAGAAGGCUAUCAAGGCUGUGGGAGACCCAAACAAGCUGUUUUCCAUGGAGAGAAAGGGCUGGACGGGCUUUGUCGAGUGGGAGAAGUAUCCCGAGAAAAAGGCCGCCGCCCAUACCAUCCUGACGUCCCAGACAUUCCCACCGAAUCCAGAGUUCCAGCUCGGUCCCAUCCCUGGCACGAACCCCGUUCUUCCUGGCACGCACUGGAAAAUGUGGCAUCACGCCGUCGGCGGUGAGCUGACCAAGAUUCCCGACGACUCCUGGGCCACCGUCCUCAAGGAGAAGCACCCCGACAUGCUGCAUCUUCUUCAAUUUCCAUACAACGGGGAGCCCCCCAAGCGCCUCGUCACCGCCAAAGAAAUCACCCCCAAUUCACUUCACUUUGUGAGAAACCACGGCGGUAUUCCAUUGAUCGACAAGGACCACUACAGCUUCCUACUCGACGGCCUCGUUGCCAAGCCCAAGGAGUUCACUCUGGACGACCUCAUGGACGAGAACAGAUUUCCGCGAAUGGAAAAGGCCAUUACCAUUCAGUGCUCGGGUACGCGUCGUAUUGAGCAGAUUCUCAAGUAUCCCGGCCAGGGCGACGAGGUUCCGCAGGCGCCUUGGGCAGAGGGCGCCAUUGGCACCGCCAGAUACGUCGGCAUCAGUCUGAAAAAGGUCAUCAAGGAGUGCGGGGGCUUGAUUGACGGGGCCAAGCACUUGGAGUUUUACGGCGCCGAUACCUACUUCAAGGAUGACAAGACGAUGAAUUAUCUCGUCAGUGUUCCGUGGUCCAAGGUCAAGGCCAACGAGGUGAUGCUUGCAUGGGAAAUGAAUGGAGAGGUCCUUCCCGCCAUCCACGGAUACCCCCUUCGUAUUGUGGUCUUUGGCUACAUCGGGGCCAGAAGCGUCAAGUGGCUUUAUCGCAUCAAGGCCAUCAAGGAGCCCUCGCGGGCACCAGUCCAGAGCCAGGAGUACCUCUACUUCCCACAGCAGGUAGGAAAGCACAACCUCAGGAUGACUGAUGGAAUCCAGAUCCAGGAAAUGCCGGUAAGCUCUGCCAUCAUGUCCCCAUGGACCAAGCAAGUGUGUAUCCACAACGGCAAGAUUCGCUGCAAGGGCUGGGCCUACUCUGGUGGUGGCCGGUGGCCGGAGCGCGUUGAACUGUCCAACGACGGCGGCUUCAACUGGUAUACCGUUCCCCUCGGGAACCUUUCCAAGAAGCGGAAGUGGACGUGGCGCACCUGGGAGUUUGACCUCCCAUGCGACGUCGAGGGCUGGGUCGAGAUUGUCUGCCGCUGUUGGGACAACGCGCUCAACACGCAACCGCCUCACGUCCGUACAGCCUGGAACUGGGGCUUACACGUCACCAGCUCCUGCCAUCGCAUUUCUGUGUACAGUGUCAACAAGUCUAGGCCGCUCACCAAGGCUCGGCUUGAUGAGUUUGAGCAGAAAGGCAUUCCGUUUGCCCCCCUGACGGUGCCUCUCGCAUUCCCGUCUCAAACGUGGGAGGAUUAUGAAAAGUUCUGGCAAAACAAUGACCCUCGUGACGCUGAAGAUGACUGA